AUGUUUACAUUACAGAGUCUACUUGCCAUGCGGUCGCCGCUGCGAAUGGCCCUUCUGGCCGGCCUUGUCUUCACAUCCUCAACCACAGCACAAACAUACUCGAGCUGCAACCCAACAUCACAGUCCGGAUGUCCAGCAGAUCCAGCUCUCAGCAAAUCACUCUCCGUCAACUUCCAAGAUGGAGCAUCCGACGAGUUCACAGCACAAGGCGCCCCAACGUACGACAGUAAUGGCGCUGCUUUUACUGUCGGACAAUCCGGACACGCGCCAACUCUUAUAUCGAAAUGGUACAUCAUGUUUGGAAAGCUGUCAGUCACGCUCAAGGCAGCUCCGGGACAGGGCAUUGUCAGCUCGGUGGUGCUUCAAUCGGACGACCUCGACGAGAUUGAUUGGGAGUGGUUGGGUGGAAAAGGCGGCGAAGUGCAAAGCAAUCACUUUGGCAAAGGUCAAACGACAACCUACGACCGCGCAGCAAUUCAUGGUGUCGACAACACCCAAGGAGAAUUCCACACUUACGACAUCGAGUGGACCGAGAACCAAAUUGUGUGGACCAUCGACGGAAAGACUGUCCGCGUGCUCAACGCUGGUGAAGCCAACGGACAGUACCCUCAAACACCUAUGCAGCUGAAGCUCGGCUCAUGGGCAGGUGGCGAUCCCGGCAACACCCAAGGCACAAUCGACUGGGCUGGUGGCGCGGUCAACUACGCUGCAGGACCAUUCACCAUGUACGUCAGCUCGCUGUCAGUAGUCGACUUCUCGACCGGCAAGUCAUACAGCUACGGCGACAUGAGCGGCAGCUGGGAAAGCAUCAAGUCGGACGGUGGCGAGGUCAACAGCAACUCAGGCGGUAGUGUCGUCGUAUCUAAUGCUCCCGCCAUCACUUCCACUUCCAGCGGCAACGAGCCAUGGACCGGCACCCACGCCACCAACACAGCGACCGUGUCGUACACUUCUUUGCCCGGUCUGCCCUCUGGCUGGACGGUGAGUAGUUCUGGCAAGGUCGUUCCACCUUCGGCGGCCCCAUCGACAUCCCAACCCGCUUCGUCUACCUCGUUGCCGGCGCCAUCACCUGCGGUGGGUGGCUGCUCAGGCUCAGGAUAUAAGCUUGUCACCAAAUACAACGAACAAGGCUUCCUCACCACCGCGACUAUCCCUGCUGGCGCCUCGACCGGCUGGGACGAUAAGGGCAUGCCAGCCACCGUUCUGCCCGCCAACUGCAUGAUAUCAAACCCACCAAUGGCCGCAGGCGAGGUCCUCAAGCUGGUCAGAUCCGAGUCCGGCACCUCACAACUGCUGCUGGCUUCAGCAGACGCGUCCGCCCUGAUUACCGCCCAGGUCUCGAGAACGGCGAACAGCUCCGGCGUGCACCGCGCUGGUAAUGUCUCACCAUGGAUUGCAGCGUUCUGUACUUUGUUUCUUGCAUCAGCGAUGGGAAUGGUUUGGGCAUAG